AUGCUUGUGAAAUUUCGUCGAAUUUUACUGGAUGUUUCAGUCUGGCACUACGUUUAUUAUACCAUCGAGUUCAAUGAAACAGUGAAAAAGCCAGAGGAACGACGAGACAUGGCGCAUAUUCAUUGGCUUAAAAAGCACUUCCCAUUUUUAAGGCAAUAUGACCAUAUGACGGAAAUUCAUAGCGCCGCAACUCAGAGGACCAGUUUAACGUGA